UAGCUAUUCCUAGCCAUGACAUCAAAGCAAAUUCCCGACAUUGAAGUCAAGCCUGCUCCUGGCAUCUCCUACUUUACCCCAGCUCAAGAACCGCCGGCGGGACUUGCAGCCGAUCCGCAGUCUGAUGGAGCGCCAAUUCCCAAGCUGUUCCAGCCUCUCAAAGUGAGAGGUAUCACCUUGCACAACCGUAUUGGGCUGUCACCCCUAUGUCAAUAUUCGGCAGACGAUGGCCAUAUGACUGCGUGGCAUAUGGCCCAUCUGGGAGGAAUCGCCCAGCGCGGGCCGGGAUUCCUGAUGGUAGAGGCGACCGCGGUCGAGCCAGAAGGCCGUAUUACACCGCAAGACCUUGGUCUAUGGAAAGACUCGCAAAUAGAGCCUUUGAAGGGGGUCAUCGAGUUUGCGCACAGUCAAAAUCAAAUUAUUGGAGUCCAGAUAGCCCACGCAGGCCGGAAAGCCAGCACUGUUCCACCGUGGUUGUCUUCCGGUGACACUGCGACUGAGAAGGUGGGCGGCUGGCCAGAUCGGGUCAAGGGUCCAUCCAACGUACCGUUUACGUCGCGAUUCCCUGUACGUAAGCAAAUGACUAGGGAUGAUAUCGAGAAUCUGAAGACUGCUUGGGUAGCUGCAGUCAAGCGGGCUGUCCGCGCUGGGGCCGAUUUCAUCGAGAUACACAAUGCACAUGGUUACCUCCUCAUGUCUUUCUUGUCGCCUGCCGUCAAUACGAGAACUGACGAGUACGGCGGCAGCUUCGAGAAUCGCAUCCGUCUCAGCAUGGAGAUUGCGAAGCUCACCAGAGAAGCGGUGCCUGAUCACUUGCCGGUCUUCUUGCGGGUGUCGGCUACUGAUUGGCUGGAGGAGUCCCGCCCUGAUCUGCCAAGCUGGCGCUUAGAGGACACGGUCAAAUUUGCGAAAGCCCUGGCAGAGAGCGGCUACAUCGAUGUUCUUGAUGUUAGCAGCGGUGGGACCCAUGCAGACCAGCAUAUUCAUGCCAAGCCAGGAUUCCAAGCGCCCUUUGCCGCUGCAGUCAAGAAAGCAGUGGGAGAUAAGUUGCUCGUGGGCACUGUCGGAAUGAUCGACAGCGCUCACCUCGCGAACUCAUUGCUGGAGAAAGAGGGACUGGAUCUUACUUUGGUCGGCCGUGGCUUCCAGAAGAAUCCCGGGCUGGUUUGGGCGUUUGCCGAGGAGCUGGGUGUUGAAAUCGGAAUGGCAAACCAAAUUCGAUGGGGAUUUGCGUCUCGUGGUGGUGGACCGUAUCUGAGAAAGAGGUCAGGAAAGAUAUAAGGGAUCUUCGUCAACAUAUACAGUGAGAAAGCCCUAGUAGAGCUUAUAUAAAGAGUCCGUAGGAAUCGCAACGAUAAACGAAU